UAAGCAUAAAUAUAUUCCAUUUCCUGUUCAUUGCUUUUUCUUCUACUGCAAGUGAAAAAUCCGAAAUAUGGUUGUUGUUAUAUGAUAUCUAACCUACACUUGCUUUAUACGUACUCCCACAUCUUCAUAAUCUACCCUAGAUUAUCUUUAUCGUUUCUCUAGCUCAUCUUUCUACUCCGAUUACUGAUUAAACAUCAUCAUGCCAUUUGGGUUGGUUUCGGCUUGGAAUAAGAGAAGAAGAAGCAAGUCAGAUGAUCAUCUUGAUCCAUGGGUUUAUAGACCUGUGGAGUAUUGGAAACUUGAAAAUGAACAAAAGAUUCAAAACCCACCUCAGAAAAAGCACCAUGGAUCUUCGGUUUUUACAUUGAAGGAAAUGGAAGAGGCGACUUGUUCUUUUAGUGAAGAACAUUUAGUGGGAAAAGGAGGAUUUGGAAAAGUUUACAAAGGAAAGUUGCAGUCUGGUGAGGUGGUUGCGAUCAAGAAAAUGGAGUUACCACCAUUUAAAGCAGCAGAAGGGGAACGUGAAUUUCGGGUUGAAGUUGAUAUUUUAAGCAGAUUAGAUCACCCAAAUCUUGUAUCAUUGAUAGGAUAUUGUGCAGAUGGGAAACACAGGUUUCUUGUUUAUGAAUACAUGCACAAAGGAAACUUACAAGAUCACUUAAAUGGAAUUGGGGAAAAGAAGAUGGAUUGGGCUGUGAGACUUAAAGUGGCAAUUGGAGCAGCAAGAGGACUUGCUUAUUUGCAUUCAAGUUCUGCUGUUGGAAUUCCUGUUGUACAUAGAGAUUUCAAAUCAACCAACAUUCUUCUUGGUGAUGAUUAUGAAGCAAAGAUAUCAGAUUUCGGUCUGGCUAAACUAAUGCCCGAGGGUCAAGAAACUCACGUGACAGCAAGGGUUCUUGGUACAUUUGGCUAUUUUGACCCCGAGUAUACAUCGACUGGAAAACUCACUUUACAAAGUGAUGUUUAUGCAUUUGGAGUCGUUUUGCUUGAACUUUUGACUGGGCGUAGAGCUGUUGACCUCAACCAAGGACCCAAUGAUCAAAAUCUUGUACUCCAGGUUAGGCAUAUAUUGAAUGACAAAAAGAGAUUGAGAAAGGUGAUAGAUCCAGAAAUGAGUAGAAGCUCAUACACAAUCGAGUCGGUAGCCAUGUUCGCAAAUUUAGCAUCAAGAUGUGUACGUGUUGAUAGUUAUGAAAGGCCAUCAAUGGAAACAUGCGUGAAAGAACUCCAAAUUAUCAUAUACACAAACUCCAAAGGCUUGGGCAUGGCCAUGCAUGCAUUUAGAAUGUUAUAAAGAUUCGGUAGACUCAAUUUUAUUUCUAAAAGUAAUUAUUUUUCCUUCUUAUAAACAAGUAUAGCAUAAUGCCAUUGAAGUUUUUGGUGUUUUUCAAAGAAACAUGAGGAUCCCACAAACCCUAAUAGAGAAUGAGAAUAGUUGAUA